AGCCCAGAAAAUGCCCUUUUCUUGUAUUAACCAUUUUCAUAACAGAAAACGUCUUUAAUUUAGCGCGUUUUGAAGCUCUAACAAAACCCAGACAAAAGGCCAUGUCGAUGACUCGCCCGACUCACUCCCUUCAACAACAAAUCCAGAAACCAGGCCUUCAGCUGCAGAGAGUUAUUGUAGAGAACAAGCAUGGUGAGAAGCUCGUGGGUUUAUUACAUGAAACUGGUUCUAAGCAGCUUGUUGUUGUGUGCCAUGGGUUUCAAUCUUCUAAGGAAAGGAUACCAAUGGUGAACCUUGCUGCUGCUGUAGAGAAAGAAGGAAUUAGUGCCUUUCGCUUUGAUUUUGCCGGAAAUGGGGAAAGUGAAGGUUCAUUUCAGUAUGGAAACUAUCGUAGAGAAGCUGAUGAUUUACGUGCUGUAGUCCAACAUUUUCAUGAGCAAAACCGAGUGAUAAUUGCAGUUAUUGGGCAUAGUAAAGGAGGAAAUGUUGUGCUUUUGUAUGCUUCAAAGUACAAUGAUGUCCAUACAGUAGUCAAUAUUUCUGGCCGGUUUAAUCUGAAGAAAGGCAUUGAAGGGCGCUUGGGUAAAGACUUCUUACAAAGAAUCAAGCAAAAUGGAUUCAUUGAUAUUAAGAAUAAAAAGGGAAAAUUUGAGUAUCGUGUGACUGAAGAAAGUUUGAUGGAUCGAUUAACUACUGAUACCCAUGCAGCCUGCUUAUCAAUUCAACCAAAGUGCAGGGUUUUGACAGUCCAUGGAUCGAUGGAUAAAAUUGUACCUAUUGAAGAUGCCUUGGAAUUUGCAAAGUUCAUAUCUAACCAUAAAUUACACAUAAUAGAAGGAGCUGAUCAUGAAUAUACUUCCCAUCAGGGCGAGUUAGCUUCAAUUGUGCUAGAUUUCUUGCAGGAAAAUUUCAGUCUAGAGAAAAACAUGCUUAAGACAGCCUUAAAGGAUCAUGUUUUUCAUUCAAGAAUAUGAUAGUUUGAUUGACCUGAGAAGAUCAAACAACUCACUGAACAACAGAAUGGUAAAAGCAUUCUGAAGGUGGAAAUUAUUGGGUAAGAAAGUAGCUUAUGGUCCAGGAUAAUUACUCCUCUGGACAAGUUCUUAGUGCCUAGUUCUACAAUUCCAGUACACCUUUAAUGACCUGUUCUGGUUUUGAUUUCCAUUUCAUCCAACUAAUGGAUGAAAUGCUUCAUGCAGCCAGUGUAAACAUUUCCAACCUGUCUGUGGCAUUCAAACUGUACUAACGUGAUGGAUUUGUAGGUCUAAUGGCUUGGAGAAAUCCUCACAAAUUGUAUUUUUAACGGUAAACCGAAUGAAUGCUCUUAUAUUGGUUAAACUCAAACAAAAGCCUUUAUCUUC